UGCGGGGGGGAAUUGGAAUUUGAACUAGUCCCUGGUUCUUGAGAGACCAAGAAGGACCAGAAGUGGAUGGACAUCGCGAAGCAGAUGGAGAAGGAAGGAGUUCGACAGAAUGGGGAGCAAUGCAUGAAGAGGUGGGAGAACAUAUUCGGGUGGUACAGAAAGGUGUGGAACAAGGAGAAGGACUCGGGACUGCAAUUGUACUUCCUCAUGAGCACGAAAGCACGGAAGGAGAAAGGCUACAGGUUCAAUCUAGACCGCACUUUGUAUGAUGCGAUCCACAUCAUGCAAGGGAACAACCAGGCCGUUCACCCGUCGAAUCUCGUGGACACAGGCAACAGACAAGGACUACAAUCACAACAAGGAGACCAUAGCCAAGCGGUCGUGGGCACAGGGGAAGCAGACACUUCGGCGAGUGAGAACAAGGAAGCGGAUGUGGAUGACGGGUGUGGCAGCAGGUCGUCUUCGAACGACAUGCAGGGGAAGCGGAAGAACGCUAGGCAGCUGGCUUUCGAGGCGGUGAUGGAUGUGAUGAAAACACACUCCACUGUAGUCGCGGAGUCUGUGGACCGCGGAAGCAAGCGGCAGUGCGACGUGCUCCAGAGGCAGUGCGGCAUCAUGGACAGGGAGGCGAGAACGCAGGAGAGGCAGUGCGAAGGUCGUCCUCUCGGAUUCCAAGAUCGGACAUCGCAACUGCGUCGGCCCGUCGGGGUGCGGCGGUGCGCAUCAAUGGACAUCCAGGUGGCACUUAGAGGUUGUGUCCUCAGUCGAACGAUAACAUUCUACGAGAUGAGGCAUCGUCGCGUAGAGGAGGACAGUAGGGUGUUUGAUUUCGCGAGCACAAUCAGUCAACACAAAGUGAUGCAUUACGAGGUGGACGCGAAUGGAGAUACAAUUCUCCACGUAAGCGUCGCUUUGGCAUAUGUCGAUGACAUGUUGCACGAGGCCGUCCGCUAUGCAAGGAAAGUCGUCCGCGCGAUCCCCAACCGCUGCGAAGGAGGAGUGGACGUCCUCACCGACAUCAUCGACCUCCUCAUGUCCAACAUCUCAAACGAGCAUGAGGAUCGCAUGACUGAUCCCGCCGAUUUUCAGGUGCACCCCAAUCCUCCCAUGCACGACCGCCCAGGUCUCCGCGGCGAGAUCCGCAGCAUCGAAGAGUAGAUCCGGAUGGAGGUGAUGUCGGCAAACCGUUGGCAGCUCGC